UGAAGGAAACGAUGCUUGAAUUAAAUGAUCUGUUUAGUCUUACUUGCUAUUCACCUAAAAGUUGAAGUCGUCAAUUGGGCAAUUGUCUUUAAAAAAUAUAUUCUGUAACAUGUGAAGCAGAUUUAAAAGAUGAGAAAUAUGAUCAGUUAAUCCCCUUUUCUCUCAUUCUUGCAUCAGAUCUUGGCUAGAAUUGGAAUUCCAUGUUAUUGUUUCCUAUAUUGAUACCUGAACCAUGAUGCUGGCUCGCAUAACCACGCGACACCUCUUACUAGUGAGCAUCACCUCUGUGUUGUUCUACUUCGUUUGUUACGUGAUCUUCUUCUCCAGUGAAAACCAACCGGGCUCCGCGUUUGUUGGCAACAGAGUUCUUCGUUCCAUGCGUCUCGACCUGAACAUCACAAAGCGCGGCUACUCGCACCCUGGAUGCUCCUGCACUAGGUAUGGUUAUGACCUGGCAGCUCUUAACAAAACUCGGGAAUUGGCGCUGCGAGAUCCCCGUUCCCAGCCGCCAUGGUUCCUCGUCCGCUACCCCGAGACCUUCACGUCCACCUGCUCAGACUUCUCCAGCCAGCGCGGCGUAGGGCAGAAGGUCGUGUCCUACUCGUACUACGUGCCCACGGGAAUAGCAUCUAAUGAUUCUGAGAGCACCAAAAAGUUCCUGAAGCAGAUGUAUCCUCGCGCCCGUAGGAUCGCUCGCGUUUAUCCUAGCUGGCUGAUGCGCGUGUACCACAACGUAUCCACUGAUGACGUCAUCUCAACGCAUUACAUGUGCAAGCUCUUCUGUGACAUGCCUCAUGUCGACCUCUGCCACGUCAAGGACCUGCCGACUCUCGGAGACCUCGAGUCUAGGAUGCCCCUUGGGAGGACCUGGCGCUUCGCUGCGCUCGGUGACCCCACCGUCCGCUGGAUGAUGUCACGUGACCUCGACAGCAAGAUCCUGACCCGCGAGGUGGAGGCCGUGAAGCAGUGGAUACAGUCAGGCCGCAGCUUUCACGUCAUGCGGGACCACCCAGGACACAACACCUUCGUCCUCGCAGGUCUGUGGGGAGCCUACAACAAGUUCCCCGUCAGGCUGGCGGCCGUCCGCGACGCCAUGUUAGCUGUUCCCCCAGUAAAGCAGCAGAAGAACUUUGAUCAAAUCAUGUUGGCGAAGCACCUCUGGCCCUUCAUGCAGGGUGAGCUGAUGGAGCACGACUCGUAUUAUUGCGAAAAUUACCCCGGCAGUCUGCCGUUCCCGACGCAUCGACGCGAGUGGCGGUACUGCGGCUGGGGGCCGUACAAGGCGUCACCGCGCACCUUAGUCAUUGAGAAGCAGUGCCCCAUGGCCUGCCGUCCUAAGGACCACCCUGACUGGACCUGGUGCUGACCAAUAAAUAUAAUGGUCAUAAUCUCUUAACUUAAAGCUCCAGCCUCGCAGCAUCUUGUGCUAAUAAAAAUAAUGUUUAAAACCACAAUUAAGCAUAUAAUGGUCAUAAUGCAGUUAUUUAAAAUGUCAACCGCGCGAGAUAAGGUGCUGAGUUUAUAAGCCUUCUUGUACAACCCUUUUUUCGUUCGCUAAUUUGAAAUGCAAGACAUACGAUGGGUUUUUUGUUUGAUAGCAGAUCAACGAAAGAUAUCCUCUAAUUUGGGGCAUGGUUUUUAAUCAGUUCUUUGGCAGCGUUUUCACUUGAACAGUAUUCCAGCCAUUCAUGAUUUCACAGCCAAAUAAGAAAAAUUAUGUUGUCAGUUUUGAAAUACACUACGAGGUUUCCAAGCGCCAGGUUUCUCUAAAUCAAAUCAAGUCGUGUAGUAUACGUUUUGAAAGUAUGGCCCCUAAGGCCAUACUUUCAAAAAAAGU